CCGGGCGAUGAGAAAUGUUUGACUUUUUGAUUUUUUUUCCCCUUUUUUUUUUGUUUUUUUUUUUUUUUCCUUGCCGGGGAGGGGGCAGACGAGGAGCCGAACCCCGCAGCAGGAAUUGGGUGUUCGGGAAAUGUUGCCAAGACUCGACCGGAACAUUUGAAAGCCAGAUCGGCUGCUUUGGCUUUUUUUUUUUUUUUCCCCUCUUUUCCUUGUUUUUUUUUUUUUUUUUUUUUUUUUUUUUUUUUAUCCGCCUCCCCUCCCCCUCUGGCCCCUCUCCGGAGGGAUGUGUGCGAUCAGCGAGUGGAAACAAAAAUGUCCUGAUUUCCACGAUUUUCCUCGCCGCUCUUUGAAAAGGACAAAGUAAAAAAAAAAAAAAAAAAAAAAAAUAAUAAUAAAAAAAAUUAAAUCUCCUCGCAAAAUGUUCCUGACCUGCGAGGGGACCUUGGGGGUCGUUCCGGCCACCACGGAUUACAGCGGCCAAGCCCGGCCAGGAGAUUUCCACGCUGGCUACCAACAAAUCGAAGGCAUCAACUUGGGCUACUUACAGAUCAACGGCACCCAGAUGUUCGCCCUGGCCCAGGUGCUCAGCCAGAUGUUCAAGGACAUCCCCAGGACCACCAUCAGCAAGAAAAUGGAAAUCCUGAAGAUCAAGAGCCGCCGCUGCGAGCCGGCCGAGCUGCGGACGCUCAAAGCCAUCCACUCGGUGCCCACGCGAGCCGUGAAGUGCUCGCUCAUCUCCAAGGCGGACCUGGAGGCUCUCUGCACCUCCUGCAAGAGCCUCAGCCCGCGGAGGAGGAAGAGGAGGAGGAGGAAGAGCAGGAGAAGGGAGCAGCUGCUGCUGCCGGAGCCCGGGGAGUUCUUGCCCUGCCCGCGGCCCCCGCCCCGCAGAGCCGCUCCCGGCCGGGCCCCGCCGCUCCCGGGCCCGCAGCCGCUCCAGCCCGCCCGGGGGGGGCUCUUCGCUGCCGUUCUGGCCGCUUCCCCCCGGCAUCUGCCGCUGCUGCAGCCGCCGUGCUGGCCCAGGGGGCUUCUCCCGCACGGAGCGGGGCAAGCGGGGGCCGGGAAGGGCCGAGCCCGCGGCUCGCCCCCCUGCAAGAGCCAGGGCAACUCGGCCGGCUACUCCAGUGACUCGGACUCCAGCCUGGACCUGGCAGCGUCCAGCCCCGCCAGCACCAGCGACUCCUCGGAGGAGGAGGAGGAGGAGGAGGAAGAGGAGGAGGAGGAGGAAGGGGACAGCUCGUGCAGCAGUGAGGAAGGCAGCUCCUCGGAGUCGGAGAGCAGCUCGCUGUGCAGCGGGGACUCGGUGCAGAGCACUCGGUACCGGCAGGCGGCUCUGCCCCGUUUCCAGCCGGCCCGGGAGCCGCUCGGCGAGGAGCGGCCGGCGGAGCCUCCCCCGAGCAAAGCGCUGCGCCCCGACCCCGAGCUGCUCUUCCUCUCGCAGCAGCUCUGGGCCCGCACCCUGCGGGCCACAACUUUGGAAAGUUUGAGCGCGGCCUCAGCGCCGAGCCCGGGGGCUCAGCCGGGGUUGUACACCAGGCACGAGACCUCCUCCUCCUCCUCUUCCUCCUCCUCCUCCUCCUCCUCCUCCUCCUCCUCCUCCUCCUCCUCCUCCUCCUCCUCGCCCCCUCCUUCCCCUAGCAGCACCCCCGGGGUGACCCCGCCACAAAAGGAGCGCGGUUUUGGAGAGGCCGGAGGGAAGGAUUUGCACAAAGAUGCCUGGAACAAUACCAGCUCCUCCUCCUUGGAACUGCCCGGCGGAGCCUCCGCGGGGCCAGCGCCUUCCCCGGAGCCUCCCCCGGAGCUGCGGGGGAACCCAGGCUCCUCUGCCCCCGGAGAACCGCGGCCGGAGCAUUUCGAUCGCCUGAUCCGCCGCUCCAAGCUGUGGUGCUACGCUAAAGGUUUCAACCUGGACGGCAAAGAUUUACAACGCGGAACGGCGAGCCCUGAACCCUGGAGAGGAGCAGAGCUGAGAUUCCAGCCCCGAGGAACAAGCGGGAGCCGGCAGGAUGGCAACACCAAACGCCGGCGCCUCUCCAGGGUCACCGAAAGGCAGCGCAGCUCUUCCAAAGCCGGACCACCAAAAACCACCAGGAGGAAUUCCAGGAAAGGAAACGCUCCCUGUAAAACCAACCCGCCUCGGAAUUCUUUCAGCCUCAUGGGCAACUUUCCCUGCACGCCCUCGCUGGUGGUGGGCGAGGAUGGCGACCUGUGCCCGGCCUCGUCUCUGGGCGGUAAAAAGUCCUGGGCGCUGUCCAAGACUCACCCGUUGUGGCGCUGGCACUUGGGGGGCAGUGCCAGGCCCGCGCCCCCCAGCCUCAAAUUCCGCGGGUGCUCCAUCCUGGAGCAUCCCUGA